AUGCCAGUCGUCUUUGCGUUUCAAUCGGUCAUGAUAAGAAGGAAGGCGGCGAAAGAUAAGCUUUUUUUUUCUUUUGUAACGGUUUCCUUUUUUAGCUCCUCCAUUUUUUUCCAUUUACUCCGAAAGAUGUUUUUUUUUCUAGUCAUUCUCAGAUUAGUUUUUUCUCUCUCUUUUUAUAAUAAUCUUUUUUUUUUACUUUUCAUUGCCUUUUCUCUGUCUUUUCUCUCUUUCUUUUCUCCAUCUCUCUGUUUUUCUUUCUUUUUUCUCUCUCACUCUCUCCCUAUCUGUCUGUUAACUCUCUCUCUCUCUCUCUCUCUCUCUCUCUCUCUCUCUCUCUCUCUCUCUCUUCACAUGUCCGUCUUUUCUUUCUUCUUUCUUCUUUGUCUCUUCAUAACAAUCUCUUUCUUUUUCUCUUUUUCGCACUCCCUUUCACUUUCUUUCUUUCUCGAUCACCUUUCUUUCUUUCUUUCUUUCUUUCUUUCUUUCUUUCUUUCGCCUUCUUUCUCUUUCUUUCUUUCUUUCUCUUGCGCUCGCCUUCUUUCUUUCUUUCUUUCUUUCUUCCUUUCUUUCUUUCUUUCUUUCUUUCGCGCUCACCUUCUUUCUUUCUUUCUUUCUUUCUUUCUUUCUUUCUUUCUUUCUUUCGCGCUCGCUUUCUUUCGUUCGCUCUCUCACUUUCUUUCUUUCACUCGAUCUUUCACUCUCUUUCUUUCACUCGCUCUCUCGCCCUCUUUCUUUCACUUGCUCUCUCACCCUCUUUCUUUCACUCGCUCUUUUUCUUUCGCUCACUCUCUCGCUCUCUUUCUUUCACCCGCUCUUCUUCUUUCGUUCGUUCGCUCUCACAUUUUUUAUUUCACUCGCUCUCCCACUCUCUUUCUUUCGCUCUUUUUCCUUCGUUCGCUCUCUCGCUCUCUUUAUUUCACUCGCUUUCCCUCUGUGUUUUGCUCCCUUUCUUUCGGUCGCUCUCUCUCUCCCUCUCUCUCUCUCCCUCUCUCUCUGCCUCUCUCUCUCUCUCUCUCCCUUACACAUAUUAUAAAUUUUAUAUUUUCUCACACUCCUUCAAAUAUUUCUUUUCUGAAUCCCAGACUGAAAAAACCUAUCAACUUACCAUAUCUCCUAAUAUACUGCUACUCCAUUUACGUAUGUAUUCGCUCUUUCUCUCUUUCCAUCUCGCUUUUUCUCUCUCUCUCUCUCUCUUUAUAUUUCACUCUUUCUCCCUUUACAUCUCGCUCUUUCUGUCUUUACAUUUCACUCGCUCUCUCUUUACACCUCACUUUUUCUCUCUAUUCAUCACACUCUUUCUCUCUAUUCAUUUCGCUCUUUCUCUCUUUACAUCUACUCUUUCUUUCUUUUCAUUCUGCUCUCUCUCUCUCUCUCUUUACAUCUUGCUCUCCCCCUCUCUCUCUCUCUGACUUUCUCUGUUCACAUCUCACUCUUUCUUUCUUUACAUCUCACUCUUUUUCUCCUUACAUCUCGCUCUUCCUCUCAUUUCAUCUCACUCUUUCUCUCUAUUUCUCUCUGUAUCUUAUAAUUUUACAUCUUUAUACAUAUAUUUUUUAUUUAAGUCUUCUUUUACUCUCCUUUCUUUGGAGGCGACACACAGACAAAAUUAUCAUCCACACUGAUAUGGACAUUUAUUGA